GCGCAUAUGGUGUUGUUUGGAAGGAACGUUCAAGAUAGUGGGACUUUGGGGGACGGAACCUUCUUGAAUUUUGAACUAUCGACGAUGAAAUGAGGACUAUCCAGGGAGAGGGGAAUGGAGAAAAGCUUAGUGCAAUCGGCUUCCCCGAAAAGAGGUCCGAGCUCUGCCGAUGCGAAUCUAAGUAUUGUGUUGAAUUUAAUGUGUCAUACAACUUGCCAUCGCCAAGGAGGCGAAACUGAGAAAUUCGCAAAGAGAGCCAUCGAAUCUCUGGUGAAAAAGCUCAGAAAGAAAUCAGAAGAGCUCGACUCCCUAAUCACUGCUAUUACGACCAAAGGAUCCAAGUCGUCAAAAUGCGUCACGAUUCAGAGAACUUUAGAUGGCAGACUUCAAGUUUGUGAGCGCAAAGGCUUUCCGCAUGUGAUUUACGCUCGACUAUGGCGAUGGCCCGACAUUCAAAAGAUGGAGAUGAAACAUCUAGAAUUCUGUCGAUACGGCUAUGAUCUGAAGUACGAGAGUGUCUGCGUCAAUCCGUAUCACUAUGAGCGGAUACGUAGUCCAGCCGCGGCAACUCUUUCUGUUAAAACACCUUCGUCAAACUGUGAUAAAUGUGCCUUAUCUGUGUUGAAAGAAAGUUCACCUCAACCAGCAACCACAUAUGAUCAACCAAAAUAUCUAGAGGCAGGACCAAGUAACUCUUUACCCGGACCAAGUAAUAUACCGUGUUCGGCAGAUCCAUGCCCCAUCAUUGUGCGUAAUCUACUUUGGCAUGCUGUUUACCGACAUCAGAGCACUGAUGCUGAAAGUUUUAGUCGAAGAGCCAUUGAAUCCCUUGUGAAAAAACUGAAGAAAAAAUUUUAUGAGCUGGACUCACUCAUUGUAGCAAUUACUUCAAAGGGAAGGCAGCCAUCAAAGUGCGUUACUGUUCAAAGGACCAUGGAUGGACGGCUGCAAGUUGGAGAUAAGAAGGACUUUCCACAUGUUAUUUAUGCUCGACUCUGGCGAUGGCCCGAUGUGCACAAGAUGGAGAUGAGACACAAAGAAUUCUGUCAGAAUGGUUAUGAUACAAAACACGAGAAAGUUUGUGUUAAUCCUUACCAUUAUGAAAGAGUUCAACCGCCAGACUGGUUCAGAGCGUCUCUAUAUGGAAAUGUACAUAAGGCACAUAGUUCAGCAGAAGUUGGCAACAGUCAUAAAAUUGAUGAGGUAUCAAAUGGAGCAGCAUUAUCAAAUGAGCACAAUCUGGGGGAGAAAAAUAAUUGCUUCUGCAAUACACCAGAAGUUAGGAAGAGACCAGAUAUUCAAGAAGCAAGUUUUUCCAACUCAAGAAUAAAGAGAAAACCUGAUUAUGAAGGAAACAGGACCAUGUCAAAUUGUUCAUCUGUAAGUUGUUCCAGUGACAGUGAUCAAGACAUUGACAUUGAGGCAGAUUCACCCAAGAGAGUUAAGCUUUCUCCUAGGGAGACAUCUGAGACAAGAAGUCCAGUUAAAGUUGAUGAAGGGUUGAACAAUUUUCACAGCAAAAUAAAUUAUCUUCCUAGGAGAGUUUGCUGUGCAUUGUGUAACUGUGUGAGCAACAGUGUCCUGGGGCAGGGUGAGCUGAUUUGUUUUGGAAGAAUAUCUGGCUUUCCAAGGCACUCAUCAAGUCCUUUGCUACACAAAAAUUUACGAGCAGAUUAUUCAAAUCCUCACUAUGCCAUGGCUGGUGGUUCACAUCCUCCUCACAGUAGGAGAAGUCCUCAUGAUGGAGAGUAUCAAGAUGUUAAACAGUAUCCACGGCCAUACAGAACAGAAGAUGGUAACACAACAGUGCACCAUGGAGAAGUGCUUGUCAGACCAAAAAGCCCAAGGGGAGACUCACUGAGCAACAGAAAAACUGUCCCUCCCCAAGAAGACCUUUCCUGUGUGGGGUUUGAGGAAGAACCAGAUUUGGUUGACCUGUGUGACAAGUCUGGGCAGAUCUGGGUACAUGAAAGAUGUGCAGCUUGGACCCUGGCCUCAAUAGCAGCAAAGUCUUCUGUGGAAUUUACUGUAGACUUGACAAAUCAGAUUUUAUCAAAGAAAUGUAGCUAUUGUGGCCGAUUUGGUGCAAGUAUUAUAUGUGAAAUGUCUGACUGUGGAAGAAUAUACCAUUACCCCUGUGCAAUGGCUGCAAGGGCUUUUCAGGACAUGAAAAUGAUGAAGCUGUACUGUUUGAAUCACGAGGAUGUUAUAAGAAGAAUAGCUUUCUGCAACAGAUGCCAACAAGUUGGCGAGUUGUCUCAGCUGUUACUUUGCACAAGAUGUAGCAGUCAUUAUCACAGUUACUGCUGCUCGCCUUCUGUCCGUGUUACAGAGUCUGUCAGUGCUGGUUGGGAAUGUUCUCAGUGUAAGACAUGUCAGUCUUGUAGGAACACUUCAAGUAAAGACAAACUAUUGAUUUGCAGUAGUUGCGACAAAGGAUACCAUCCCCUGUGCACUGUGCCUGUUGCAAACUUCAAAGAGAAAUUAGGCUGGAAGUGUGAGAAAUGUAGACAGUGCCGACAGUGUAAAACAAAGCAAACAUCACAGUGGCACAUAGAUUACUCAUUAUGUGACAAGUGUUACCAAUACAAACACAAGACAAAUCAAUGUCCUCUCUGCAAUGAAGAGCCGGGAAAUCAGAAAGUGAUCCAAUGUGAUUCAUGCAGCAGGUGGAUUCAUACAGUUUGUGACAACAUCACUGAUGACAUCUACAGGAAGCUUGAAAGCGACACUAGUAUCAUCUAUGUCUGCAAAAUUUGUCGAGAUGAAGUUGAGUGUAUUAAGAAUGAGUGCAGACGAGAGAUAAAGACAGACCCUGUUGAAUUAGAGGAAGUUUCUCCAGUCACAUCUAUGGUUUUAUCACAAGAAAUGUACAGGGGACAGAGCACACAACCAAGCUCUGUUGUCACCACAAGCAUGGCUUCCACACCCUUGGCCAUGUCAUGGAUGACAUCAGAGCCUGUCCAGUGGUCUAGAUUGAGGAUGACGUAUUCUUUUGAGUAUUUUAUUAUGAAGCAAUAUGGUAAAGUGCUACUUUAGAAAAAAGUAUAUUGAAAGUAUUCAUAACAGACGGUUGUUAAAGGGAACUUCACUUAUGAUGUGCGGUUCAUGACAAAAAGAAAAUGUCACAAUUUCCAAUACUGUUGUCCCACUUUUAGUUAAGAGAUUCAUACCACAUGGGAGAUUGAGGAAUAUUUUUGUCACCAUGCAGAAUUCUCCAUUUGAAUUUUCUUACCCUGCAUUAGUUUUUGUUCAGAUGCAAAGAAAAUUAUAUGCUCACUUUAAGCCAUUCUUCUACUGCACCAUCUCAUAAUUAAAACUUAGGGUAUUGCAGAGGUUUAUGCGUCAAACCCUUUCGAAACACUGUGUUGAAUACUUUCACUAUAUUGCUUUUAUUGAGAAGCUUACAUUUGGUUUCAAAGUGAAAAUUUUGGUGGCAAAAUUUUGGUUAUUGGUAAAAUGCUUUGUGCCUUUCAAUUAUGUAAAAUGGUGAUAAAGUUGGUGUUGUGUGGAAAUCACAUAUCAUAUAUUUGCCAUGGUUUCAAAACUCCUCAUAAUUAUUCAGAAAGUUCCAACUCGUAAAUUAUUAAAUUAUCCAGGUAUAAAUAUUUAUAUAUCACAAACAUGCAGUCACUGAAUUAACGCAAAUUAAUAAAUUUACUACUGCAAUACAAUGAAUGUUGCAUCAGAAGGGAAGAAGACUUCCCUCACGGAAAACUGAAAAGAAAUCUAUAAUUUAUAUGUCCAAAUAUUUUCAAGUCUCAGAGUGAAAUCUUUUAAUACACAAUUACCGCUGAAAAACACUAUUUAUUGCUAUAAAUUGAUGAAUGAUCAUGAACAGCCUGCUAAAAGAACUUUUUAAAGAAGGAAUUUUAUGUUUUUGAUGUUUAUAGGUUUUUUUUUGUCAUUGAAAAAUAUAACAAAACAAUCCUGGUGAUUUUCAAAUUUGGUGAGUAAAAGUAUUUUAGUUAAAAAGCUAUAACAAAGUGAUUGUCUGUCCUUGAUAUAAUUAUCAUAAGGUAUUACUCAAAUUUUCCUCAAGGGGAGCUUAACUGUUGUCAUUUUGGUGUUCUUUUGUUGCACCAACAAUGUUAAUGAUUUGUGAUCAUGACAGAUUUACCAUUGAGUGGCAACCAGUAUAUGUUUAAGGUUGCAAAAAUUUAAAAUUUGAUGUACAUACUUAUAUAUGCAGGUACAUAUAUUUAGUCAAGUUUUUGUAGCUUUGGUUAUCAAACAUUGUAAUUAUUGAACUGGAUAAAGCUGACUUGGCAAACUUAUUAAUACCUUGGAAAUGAAGUGAGAUGGUUAAACAACUUAAUCAAACACAUUCUUUUAGACUGAUCAGAAUUUAGAUUGUUCGGGUAACAUGGCCCAGGAUGCUUCUUAAAAAUGUUUGUUGUUUCAUAUAUUGAA